GAAGAGGAUCGCGGACGAAUUUCCAAAAAAAAAAAAAAGUUGGAAGAAGCUUCAGAACGAAACCAUUUUCACCUAAAUUCUCUCUCUCUCUCUCUAUAAAUAUUCUCAAUUCCCUUCUGACUAGAAAUUAGAAACCCCUUUUCUCCGUUGAAUCUCACACUCUGCUCCCCGAUUCUUCAGUCGGAAUCGUCUUUCUCGCUCGCUCUGGGGCUAUUUUUGCUCUGAAAGAAUCUUUUGGGUUCUUCUUAAUUCGGUUUCUGGGGACUGAUUCUGCGGGAUGCGAGUGGAAGAGGAAGAAGAAGAAGAAGAAGAAGAAGAAGAAGAUAAGAUGGUGCCUCAAGGAGACGGUGAAGUGGUACUUGAUACGGCGUCGUCUCAACAGCAGGAGGAGAGACUCGUUAUUGGGUAUGCUUUGACGUCUAAGAAGAAGCAGAGUUUCUUGCAACCCAAGCUUGAACUUCUUGCUAGGAAGAAAGGCAUAUCCUUUGUUUCCAUUGACCAGGACAAGCCUCUCUCUGAACAAGGCCCCUUUGAUGUUGUUCUCCAUAAGUUACUGGGAAAUGAGUGGCACCAUGUUAUUCAGGAUUACCAGCAAAAGCAUCCAGAAGUUACCGUGCUUGAUCCACCAGGUGCAAUCCAGCGUAUAUAUAAUCGACAAUCUAUGCUCCAGGGUCUUGCUGAUUUAAAUCUUGCAGAAUGCGAUGGCAUGAUAUGUGUCCCAAAACAAAUGGUUGUGUUACAAGAUACAACAUCUAGUGCUAAUGAAGUUGCAAAAGCCGGUCUCAAGUUUCCACUUGUUGCAAAGCCACUUUUGGUCGAUGGAACUGCAAAGUCACAUCAGCUGUUCUUAGCCUAUGACUGUCUCUCGCUUGCAGAACUAGAACCCCCUUUGGUUCUUCAAGAAUUUGUAAAUCAUGGUGGAGUUCUCUUCAAGGUUUUUGUUGUUGGUGAUGUGAUAAGGGUGGUCCGACGUUUUUCUCUGCCCAAUGUAAGCAAUGUUGGAAAGGAGAAAGUUGCUGGUGUAUUUCAAUUCCCAAGGGUAUCAUCUGCUGCAGCUUCAGUUGACAAAACAGACUUGGACCCUCGUGUUGCUGAGCUACCUCCGAAGCCAUUACUCGAAGGGCUUGUGAGAGAAUUACGUAGCCGAUUGGGACUCAAGUUGUUCAACAUAGACAUGAUCAGAGAACAUGGGAGCCAAGAUGUCUUUUAUGUCAUUGACAUUAACUAUUUUCCUGGGUAUGGAAAGAUGCCAGAUUACGAGCAGGUAUUCAUUGAUUUCUUCCUGGGACUGGCGCAAGUGAAGCAUGAGAAGGGACUUUGUGUGAAACCGACAGUGGAAUAGGAAUGUGAAAGGAGGUUGAAAGUGAUAGAAACGCUUGCGUUCUGAAAUAUUGUGUUGAGAUGAUAGCUAUGUACAGAAAAUAGCUCUUUUAAAUGUUGCUAGCAGUAGCAGAUAAACAAGUUUUGAUUAGUGAUAUACAACUGUGGGUUUCUCUUUCUCUGUCUGUUCUGCAAGAUUUCUUGCUCCUGUUAUCAAUCACAGCAUGUUUCUUUCUUUUGCUA